AUGCAAGGAGCCAAGAGCUACGCGAAGCUGCCGGGCGCGACGGCGCCGCACAUCGGAUGCAAGGAGUACGUCAUGACCGUGGCUAGUCGUCUCUACUUUUCCAGCUUCUAUCGGGCUGUGUACUUCUCCAUGAUCGCUUCGAGCCUCGUGUGUGUCGUUUGGACUGGAGUGAAUGGUUGGAAAAUUCCGUCGUCGGUGGUGUUCAUCUCGCUGGAGAUUAUUGUCAGUACGCUACUCGUGUGUGAAGUGCUGCUUCGGAUGAUGGCAUUCAAAAGGCGGUUCUGGCACAAAUGGUGCAACAUCUUCGACAUUGUUGCCUUGGUCAUGAGCUUAGUGUCGGUGGCCAUGUACUUUAACGAAGAAGGUGUGCUAGGCGAACUGGAAGAAGUUGCAGCGGACUCGGUAUUAGCGCUGCGAAAUGCCGUGCAGUACUUGCGAUUGGCGAUUUUUCUGAAGAAUCGGUCAGAUCAGCCAACGACAAUUGGCAGAGAUAUUGAUUUCGAACAGCUGCCUGGAGACCCGGACGACGAACGGGAAUUGAUGCUAGACGAUGAACAGGAACUGAUGGUUGCCGAUGAACGAGAAACGAUGCUGGACGCUGAAAGCGGGACGGUCUUAGGCAGUGGUGAGGAUGAAGAAAUUCGGAUUGUUUAG